AUGUCAUCAUCGUUUAAACCCGUUAGCUUCCAAAGCAUCAACAUAGGGAAGCAUAUAAAAAGUUCCAAAAAAAGAUAUGAGUGAAUCUUUGAAUUGGACUCAAAUGUGCAUACAAUCGACCUUUUUGUCAGCAGAAUUUCAGGGAAAAGGACAAUAAUCGUUGAUAAUGCCAAAAAAGUUGAUUUCAGAGAAAAUUCAUCUGAUCCUGAAGCAUCUGGCAACAUCAAAAUAAGUCACUAUAUGUUGAGGAUUCAUGAAACAAGUGGGCUGAAUUUUGACCUGACUUGUGGAAAAGCUUCAUUUUCUGCUUUAUUGAGCAAGCAAAAUGAAAGUAAUUCAAGUCAACAAAAAUCUGUGUGGGAAAAUAGAAAGGAUACAAAAGAAAAUGUUGUCCCAAAUGUAGAAAAACCAAAUAAAGAGGCAAUUACCAAACCUCUAAUAGUAAAAAGAGCUAGUCUAAAUCCUCAAGAGCAGCCUAAACCUCAAUACCCUGCGAGAUAUUCUGUUGAUGCAGGAAAACCUAAAAGUGUAGCUGCUGAACAAAAGCCAAAAGAAAUUGAUCUUUUGGCACCACCUGAGCCAGAUUUAAGUAAAAUCCCUGAUGAUUUGUUCGCAAAUAUUGAAGUGCAGCCAAGAUCAUAUAGCUGCAGCGCAAAUCCAUUUGAAAGUGGAAAUAAUUUUGAUUGGAAAGGAGAAAAUCCUUCCAAAAAUGUCAAAAAUGCCGCACCAGUGCAUCAGCCAGAGCAAGGCACUUUUGAUCUUUUCGAUUUAGACAGCUUGCAUCUUGGAGAUGGUUAUUCUCCAGCUGUGGCUAAAAAAAUCGAAGAAGCGAAUAAACCAAUUUGCUAUUUACCCUCAAAUAUUCCAAAUAUGCCAUUAAAUCAGCUUCAAACUAAUAGACCACAGCCUCAGAAUCCAUUUGGCGCUCAAAUGAUAAACCCUAUGAUGAUGGCAUACAAUCCAUAUUAUAUGAACAUGAAUCAAUGGAACCAGUAA